GUCAGUUUCAUGAAAGUAUAUUUUUUGGUAAACAAAUUAAGUCUAGUUAAUUGGAGGUUGUCAUGGUGCGGCAUGAGGCGCUUCACAAAGACGUUCUUGGCCCUUCUGGCAGUCACAAGCUUGCUGAUGGGAGGACUUUACCUCAGCUCCUUCUCCUCGCUCGCCAGUAGUGGUUUUGGUCUAGUAAACAAAGCAAGAAAACCAGCAUUUCCUGGAAACUCAAUGGUCGUUGAAAGCAGUUUUAACACAGAGAUGAAAAAACGGGUAAACACUUUGCGCCAAGAAUGCAACAGACUUCAGGCGAAUGGCUCCAGCUUCCAAUCCAUAGAGAAAUCCAAAUUAGAUCAUAUAAUCGUAGAUGACAGGUACCAGACUUUGUACUGCUAUGUACCCAAGGUUGCGUGUACAAACUUGAAGCGUGUGUUCCUACUUCUUACGGGUAAAAUGAAUGUGACCAAUCCUCUGGAGCUACCAGCAGGUGAUGUUCAUGGCUCUUACGAUACAUAUUUACGAUAUCUUGAUUCAUUCCCUGCUGCAGGAGUCAAAUAUAGACUAAACAACUACAAAAAAAUUAUGUUUGUUCGAGAACCCCUUGAGAGAUUGUUGUCUGCUUACAGAAAUAAGUUUAUGCAGAGGGGUAAUGAGUAUUUUAAAGAAAAAUUUGGAAAGAAGAUUGUGAAGCUGUAUCGUGAAAAUCCAAGUAAUCUUUCCCUGGAGAAGGGUCAUGAUGUUGAAUUCCCUGAGUUUGUGCAAUAUUUUGUGGAUCCAAAGACCCUGAAAACGAGAUACAAUGAGCACUGGGCUCCUUUCUUUGAUUUGUGCCACCCUUGUCAUUUGAAGUACAAUUUCAUCGGAAAGUAUGAAACAAUAGACGAGGAUGUGGCCGGACUCCUGAAAAUCCUGAAAGCAGACCGCCUGAUACAUUUUCCUGACCGGGGAGACUCGUAUAAAACCAAGAAAACCGAAGAUAUCCUCACCAAGUUCUAUGAGGGUAUUCAGCCACAUUUAGUGGAGAAAAUUAUCCAGAUAUAUGCCAAAGAUUAUAAUUUGUUCGGAUAUGAACAACCAAUGUAGACAAAAUGUUCAGGUCUUGAUUUACUGCUGUAUAAAAAAACGUGUUUUUUAAAGCCGCACUCUCACAGAUUCAAUGUCUUGACAACAUUUUUUUGUUUUCGAACGAGUAACUUUUUGCCAAAAUGCAUCGAAACCAGUGAUAAAAGACUGCUUGCAAAAAAAUCAGAUCGCAGGUUUUCAUAUUUAUGGUCAAAAUUUUUUAAUGCAUUUUUCUUAAAGCAUUAGUAAUGCUUUUUAAUAGCCAUAAAUCAUUAAUUUUUUAAUGUUAAUAUGAAAAAAUGUGAUCUGAUUUGUCAGCAGUCUUGUAUCACUGGUUUUCAGAUAUUUAAGCGAAAAUUGGCUCAUUCCAAGACCAAAAAAGAAAAAGUUGUCAAAACAGUAAAUCUGUGAGAGUGCAGCUUCAAACUUCUUUUACUUGUAUGAUUUUGUUCAUCAUGAUAAACUGCAUUUAGCAUUUGUCGCAUAUCCAUGAUAUCAUAAAAUUUGCAUUUUUAAUAUAUUUUACACAUAUGACAGUUUAUUGAUUAAUUUGUCUUUUAAUAUAUGUUUUACAUUAAACUCACACAAUUAUUUUAAACUCCCUCAUAGUAUAUUAAGUAAGUACUUCAUUGAGUUUAUAAUCUAGAUUUUUUUUACAAGUUAAUUAAUUAUAUAAAAUGAAAAAUAAAUUUCUAGUCCAAUAUUUAGUAUCAUUAUGUUAAUUAACAUUUCCUGAUCUAUUAAAAAUGUAUAUUAUACAUACAGUCAAACUCUAUUGGCUCGAAAUCACUUGGCUUGAAUUUCUUGUUGGCUCGAACCGGAUGUAAAGGACAAAUUUCUAUGUACUGAAAUAAGCAUUCCUGGUUGGCUUGAAUUUUCUGAGGCUUAAUGUAUAAUUGCCGGUCCCUGGGAGUUUGAGCCAACAGGGUUCCAUUGUACUCCCAUUAAUUUUUUUAUAAUAAUUCUAUUAUUAUUAUUAUAUAAUAUAUGAUAUUAUAUUUUUUAUUGUAUAUUCAUUCCAAGAUGAUCAAGUACCGGUUGAAAAUUAGAAAGGCACAAAAUGUACAAUUAGUUUUUCCAUUAACUUUGCCUAUAGUUUUUUCUAAAAAUAAAUAAAUUCAUAAGCCCAUAUGGCAUCAGUAAGUUAAGACACACUUAUGUGGUUUUCUCCUUACAUGUAUUUUGUUACUGUGCAUAGACAAAUUUUUGUACAAUGUUUUGAAAUUUUGAGAAGCUAGCCUUGGUCUCUUUAUUUUUUCUUUAAAUAAGCAAAGUAUUUUGAUAAUUGUCUAUCAAGGUAGUUUAGAGAAGGAAUUUCCCCUUCCCUGCAAUGGUGCAUGUAUAUGGUUCUUUUCCUAGGCAACUAAAAUAUUUCAAGUCUGUCAAUAGAUUUAUAUGAGGGAGAAGUAUAAGGAAAUAUUGCUAGGGCCAAAAACAUUUUUUUAUUAGGCUUUAUAUUAAAUCGUAAUCGUCAUCAUUGGAGAAUGGUGUUAAAGGAAUCUUCUGUAUAAAGCUUCAAAGGUUUUAAACUAUAUAUAAAAACAGACUAAGUUUUAAAUGUUUUUUUUAUCAACUGAUUAUAAAAAAAGUAGGGUCUGCCCCUAUUUUGAUAGGGUCUGGUAACCCAAACAAAAUGUAUUUUUUAGGCCUAUCCAAAACAAUUUCUUGUGAAUGGCAUUGAAAUCAAAAUAAAUUAUUUUACCUGUGAUUGAAAAAUGGUAUAAAUCUAGAGUAUAUAUCACAAUAGAAUGAUUAAAAACAGUUUAAAGGUAUAAUUAUUUAAUUUUAUUUUUAAACGCUUCCAUUUUUGUAAAUUAUUUCUUAAUUCUACUGCUGAUUUGUAAGUUUGUUUAUUUCUAUUUUAACUGUUUAGGGCUAUUCCAUUUAAACCUAUAACCCCUACAGAAGAAAAUUUACCUUCUUGGGGUCCAAAUUAGCAUACCCAGGUAUGAGACACCCACCCAUAUACGGUACUAUUUAAAUAAUUGCCUUCCUCCAGGGGGUUAUAUGUUUUACUGGAAUAGCCCUUAGUACAAUUUGUUAGAUGUUACAUUAACUGUAUAUGAAAUUAAUUUUUCACUAAUGAUCUAUCUGAUGUUUGUUGAUCAUAUGUGUGUGUUCUGUUUUGAAAUUAUUGUUUUAUACCAAAUGUUUGUCCAGAUCUGCAUUGAAAAAAUUGGGUAUUUUGUCUGUGAUUUUUUAUCAAUAGUUUUACUAUUUCCACCUUUUGUCCACUGUUUUGCCAUUAUUAAAAAACCAAAAUAACUACAAAUACAAUAAUUUUUAAAUGUUAUUAUCUAAUAUUGAAAUGAAUUUAAUGAGGGGCUUAUUCUUAAAAUUUCUUAAGUCAUUUCCUAACUUAAUUCCCAUUGAUCUUACUGAAAAAAAACAUACAUUGAUGUUAAAAACACUUAAACAUUUCUUUUAAUUUGACGAUGAAAAUGUUAAGAAAUCAACUUAAGUUAGAAAAUGACUUAAGAUGCUUUAUGAAUAUGACCUCUGGCCCUUUGAAAUUUUGAAAAAUUUCGAGCCAUUAUUUUGACCAAUCCCAAUGCAGUGUACCACCAUAUCAUCCUUUACACAUUUGUGUGGGGAAUUAAAAUUGUGCCUUGUCAAACAACAUACGGCUUAAUCAGGUUUCAUUUUCAUGUGCUUUGAGGUUAAUCAGUUUUGCGAUAAAGAAAUGACAAUUUUAUAAAGGCUACAAGGGCUAUGUCUAUUCUGUUGCAUUUAACAAAGCUUGUAAAUGAUGAUAGAACUCAUUCUUUGGCAAGGGUAAAUGUGAGGUGAGGGGACCAGGGCUUCCAUUCAGAAUUUAAAAAUGGGAGUCUGAACAUCCUCACAGUCCAUAUUGUUUUUCAUUUAAGUGAUGGUUUAAGUCUUUCGAACCCCACAAUUUGUUCCAUUAUUUUCCAACUAUUGUGUAAAAAAAUCAAAUCACUUGUUACUUUAAUUUGCAAUUUCGCAAUUUUAUAUUAUAAUAAAUCAUUUUACUUCAAGACUGAUUGAAAAUGUUACCAUAAAAGUAAUAUUGACACCAGGUUUUGAUGUUUUGAAUUUCUAAGCAUACAACUUUGGAAGUUUUCUCCAAAAUUAUUGAAUUUUUUCAUACUUCCAAAGAAUCUAUUUUGGAUGAUUUAGUUCAUUUUUAGAGAGAAAUAUACUUCCAAACUACUUUAAAUGGAAGCCCUUGGAGAAAUUUUUGUCAGUUGAUGCUGUGUUUUAACAGUACAACAAGAAGAUCAAUAGUUAUUGCCCUUUCAGGCUAGAUAAAUGUACAUGUGAACCACCGAAAGUAUGUUUGUAAUUAUAAUAUUACUGCUAAUACAACUGUACUUAUAAAGGUACAUGUAAAUAACAUUGAAAUGUAAAAAAUAUGUUCUUUAUAUAUAGUACAUUCAGAUAUUAAACAUUAAAUAUAUGCACAUGUAUCUACGUUCAUCAUUACUACAUUACCAAGAGUUAUGGAUUUGAAAAAUUAUCUUUACGCUGCACUCUCACAGGUUGGAAAACUGCCGAAAACUCAAAAUUUCUUAAGCGUAAGUAAUGCUUUUAGCCAUAAAACAUCAUUCUUCGACCUUCAAUAUGAAAUCUGCAAUCUGAUCUUUUGUCAGUGUAAUUAUAUCACUGGUUGUCAGACAUCUACACAAAAAUUGGCUCAUUCCAAGACAAAAAAUAAAAAAGUUUUCAAAAUGGUCAAUCUGUGAGAUUGCUGCUUUAAGAUUACAGCUCUACUCAUUUGUAAGACACCAUGUUAUAAUUGUAAAUGUACCGUAUGACAACAGGAUAAUGUACAAAGUCUUAAAAGUCUAAUAACAUAAAAACUGUCAGGUAGCUUUCUGAGACUUAAAGCUGCACUCUCACUGAGCCAAUUUUUACUCAGAUUUCUGAAAACCAGUAAUAUAAGAUUGCUGACAAAGGAUCAGAUCGCAGUUUUUCAUAUUUAUGUUCAAAAUUUGUUUAUGCCGAAAUACUCAGUUUUCUUAAAGCAUUAGAAACACUCUGAAGCCUCAUAUUUUUCAAACAUGAAUAUUAAAAACUGUAAUCUGAUAUUUUGUCACCAGUCUUUAUAAUAUUAUUGGUAUGAGAUAUUUUCACACGGAUUGGUUCAUUUCUUGAAAAAAAACUACUGUUGUUAAAACAGUCAAUCUGUAUGAGUGCAGCUUUAAUAUUAGUUUGAGCAGCAUUUUAUUAAAAAAAAAUAUUCUUUUUGAUACUAAAUUAUUGUCAGAUCUCUGUUACAGGAACAAAAAUGAUGAUUGGGUUUGAACAGUGUAAAUUAUUAGUUUGUUUUUAUAGUAACAGUGUUUUGAAAUUUGUGUUAUUUAAUUAUAAUUUAUUUUUCAAUAUUUUGUACUAAUGAUGCUGCUACAUUUACAUAUACCCGGUAGUAGUAUGUUUGUUUAUCAGUCCAAGUUAAUUAUGUUGUUGUUCUCAUUUUAAGUAAUAUAUGAUAAUAAGUCCACCGAUUCUACAAAGUAUUUUUAAUGAAAUCCAUCGAUUUGAUAAUUCUACAAGUUUUGUACUUUUGUUAUAACAUUUGUUAUGUCAAGAAAUUUUACAAUUUCUACAACCUACAGGUAGUAAUGUAUAGUUAUCUUACAUUUUAGAUAUUGUGUUCAACUGAUAUAAUGUUUCCAAAGACUUAAGCAUAUACGAUUUCUUCCCUUUGUCCUUGUCCAGUUUGAUAAUUAUGAGUAAUAAUGUGUCAGUGCUUGUGGAACUUAAGAAUUAAUUAAGGCUUCCUUAAAGAAUUUGAAAUUGGAAGUAUGAACUUCCUGUCCACCUUUCUGUGGAAGUUUUUCACUAAAAUGUGGAAGUUUUUGUCUCGAUUACAGUAUUUUUUCCUCUAUUUUCUGACUAGUAUGUUAAAAAUCAAAUAGUUUGCAACCGUUACUGUGCAUAACUUGCCAAAUUCACAUAUUUCUAUUGUAAUAAAUCAUUCUCCAUGAAGACUGACCAUAAAAGAUAAAAAGUAAUAUUGACACCAGGUUUGAUAUUUUAAACUUCCAAGCUUUUUACUUUGGAAGUUGUUUUUUUUCAAAAUUUUAAGUAUAGAAGUUUUUGUAUUUCCAAGUUUCAAGGGAUCAAUUUUGGAAGUUUUAGCCCAUUUCCAGGGAGUAAUAGACUUUCAAACUUCCUUUAACAGAAGCCCUGAUUAAAAGAAAUGUUGUUUUUGCCAAAGUUCAGUUCAUAAUUGAAUAUUUACUAGUCAAAGAGGUAUGAACAAAAAAAAUCACAUGUAUAUACAAGCCUACCCAAGACAAUCUUUUGUUACAAAUGUUAAUCGGUUUAAUCCAGUACAGCAAAAUAGGCAAUUUAAAUUAAAUAGCUUUACAAUACUUUAAAUGCAUUUAUAUUGGUGCUACAGUUCGAAUUAUGGCUUAGCAUGGCUUAGUGGUGAGAUUAUAGGUUUUCAGUAAUAAAAACAUUGUUUUACAUUGUUUCCAAUCCCUUUUAGAGCAACACACUAGAUGUUGUUUUUUUUGUGAUUUAAUCUUGUAUUUGUUUUGAAAAUAGUUGAUGGGUUGAUUGAUUGUAUUUGUAUAAAUAAAAAUAAGAAAAAAUAGAAUAAGAACAAAAGAGUACACGAUAUAAAGACAGAUACAAUGUAUAAGUUAAAUUGAAAAAAAUCCUAAAGAUUGAAGAGAUGAAUAAACAUGUUAAAAGUGCAGAUUUAAGUUUAUUUGGCAGAAUGUUAAACCAUUAUAUGCUAGGGAUUGCACAAACAACAUUCUACAUGAUUAAAACGAUAAGAUUUAACAACUUUACCCAUUACACCAUUACCACUAUUGAUAGCAAAAUGCUUGAACAAAAGUGAACUGCUUUACCCAUUUAUACAAUAAAUGCAUUUAUUGGAAAAAUAAUGACUUAUAUCUGCUUUAACUGUCAUCAUGCGUAUCAUUUUUUCAUGCAUUUCCUGUUAUCAUGGGAGGACUGUACCUAGUCGUAGCUGUAAUUAUGCAUUUUAGUUGUUAUACAAUAUAAUUUAUGAUCAUACUUAAAUAUACAGUUAUAUGUUGUUUAGUUAUAUACAAUAAAUAUGUGUAAA